AUGGAAUCUGAGAUUGAGCAGCCUGCGGCGACUGUAGUCAAAUGGUGUGAUUGUGGAUCUGAUUGUUGUUCUGCAAAGCUUGACAAUAUUGGGCCAUGGAUACGCACUACUAAAAGAAAAGUUGAUGAGAUAGAUGACAAUAAAUUCAUCAUACCUGGUCUUCCAAUUCCACAUGUGGCUCGUGUCGACAUCAGUAAUGAAUGUGCUGCUCUUCGAGAGAUGGUUAGUAACCAACAACAAACAAUUCAAGAUUUGUCAGAUGAACUAGAUGAGGAAAGAAAUGCAGCUUCCUCAGCUGCUAACGAGGCCAUGUCAAUGAUCUUGAGGUUACAGAGUGAAAAAGCUGAAAUCCAGAUGGAAGCCCGUCAAUUCAAACGCUUUUCAGAGGAGAAGAUGGCUCAUGAUCAAGAAGAGCUCAUGGCAAUGGAGGAUUACUUGUACGAAAAAGAACAGACCAUACAAGCUUUGACUUAUGAGGUCCAUUCAUAUAAACACAAGAUGUUGAGUUUGGGUCUCACAGAAUCUGAAAUAGAAGGGGACAACAUUGGUUUACCACUCAUUAAUAGCAGUGAAGCAAACUUAGAGAACCAAUUUGAGUACAAUUACCCUCCUCUAAAAUGCAGUGCGAAUGAACAUCAUGAUGAUACAGAAGUUGAGAAUGAAACAGCUGAUAUAGAAGAAAGGAUUGAUGAAUUGGAAAGAAGUCCUAAGCAUAGUCCAGUACGCGAGAUCUAUACUGUUGACACUAUUCGUAAUGAUGAAUCCUUUGAUUAUGAUCCGAAGGCUAAUCUUGCUACAUAUGGUGAUCUUAAUGUUGCUAGAAAUGAGUCAUCAUAUGGUGGUAUUGGGGAUACAGAUGUUAAGAAGUUGUAUGCAAGGCUUCAUUCACUUGAGGCAGAUAGAGAAUCCAUGAAGCAGGCACUCAUAUCCAUGAGGACUGAUAAAGCACAAUUGGAAAUUUUCCUUUAUCAUGCUGUUCAAGUGGAUUGCAUCAUUUCUUUUUUGGAGGAGAGCACAUCGAAGCAAAUACAUGUUUGGUAUGUCAGCGAACAAUGUGGGAUUGCGAAUGGUGAUAGACAAGGGACCUCAGAUAGGGCAAUGGAGGUGUCUUUCAAGAACACGGUUCUUGAAAUAUUGAUCUCUAGUUUGGACUUUCAACCUGUGGGUUUGCAUAUGAUUUGUUGA